UCUGGCUCUGGGCGAGGGGGUCGCCGGAGUGGUCGCGGGUGGCGAGCGACAGCAGGCCCUAGGCCUGCAGUGUGGAGGUGAUGUGGAGAGAAAUGGGACGCCGGUCUUCAGACACUGAAGAGGAAAGCCGAAGCAAGAGAAAAAAGAAACACCGGAGGCGCUCCUCUUCAAGCAGUUCUUCAGACAGCAGGACAUACAGCCGCAAGAAGGGCGGGAGGAGGCCUAGGUCCGACUCAAGAUCCUGGUCUAGAGACCGCCAGCCUCGCUCGCAUUCUUAUGAGAGAAGACGCAGGCGCAGAUCAAGCAGCAGCUCUUCUUAUGGCUCCAGAAGAAAAAGAAGUCGCAGUCGUUCCAGGGGCCGAGGGAAACCCUAUAGAGUUCAAAGGUCUCGGUCAAAAAGCAGAACAAGAAGGUCCAGGUCAAGGCCUCAUCCACGCUCACAUAGUAGAAGCAGUGAAAGAUCAAGUCACAGAAGAACUCGUAGUAGGUCCAGGGACCGAGACAGACGUAAAGUCCGGGACAAAGAGAAAAGAGAAAAGGAGAAGGAUAAAGGCAAAGACAAAGAAGUGCACAGCAUCAAACGUGGGCUGUGCUCCCUACAGAGGAGCUCAAAGCUUCUACACUGUACUGUGCCCCAAAGGGAUUCUGGAAACAUCAAAGCUGGAUUAGAACAUCUGCCUCCAGCUGAGCAGGCCAAAGCCAGACUACAAUUGGUCCUUGAAGCUGCUGCAAAAGCUGAUGAAGCAUUAAAAGCCAAAGAAAGGAGUGAGGAAGAAGCAAAGAGAAGAAAAGAAGAAGGUAAAAAUGCAUGGUUCUUUUGUCCUCUAAGGAGCAAUUAUCUGACAUGA